AUGGAAGAAGAGCCUUCAGUCACUAUAGUAGGAGAAAAAAAGAAAGGUAAGGGUGGUCCUGAGAAGUCAAAUUGGAUAUGGAACUUGAUGGAAGAAACUGAAAUUGUAAAAGAUGGAGAAAAAUCUAAAGGAGCUAUUUGUCAAGUUAAUGUCUGA